AGGUCAUUGUCCAGCGGUUGUUUUGUUGCGCACUUAAGGAAUGCGGCCACCUCUCCUACGUUGUUAUCCAAGGGUUGAGUGACACGCUUUUAUUGUUCGCGCGGAGUGCCUAACUGUUUUUACACAGACCUUGUCAUCUAUUGACGACUUCUCACUUCCAGUAUCAGUUGUGUCCUUGUGUCUCAGUGUGUGAGUCAAAAUGUUUUCGAAAAGGCGUAAAGUGCUCUCGGUGGAAGAAAAGUUAUCGAUAACUCGGGCAAUAGAGACAGGUGAAAAGCAAUCGGAUGUCGUUCGCCGUACAGGGCUGUCCCAAUCAACUGUGGCUACGAUAUGGAAAGACAGAAAAAAGUGGCUUGAAGCGGAAAUGGAGGGCGAUAGCAGGAAGAAGUUGCGGAAACCUCAGCACGAAGAUUUAGAUCGCGCUAUGCUUCAGUGGUUCCAGCAGCAGCGUAUGAGCCUUAUUCCACUUUCUGGGGCUGCGAUCAGGACAAAAGCUGACUUUUAUGCAACUGAGCUUGGAAUUGAGAAUUUCAAGGCAUCUGAAGGUUGGUUGAACAAGUGGAAGCUGCGGCACAAUAUCAACUACGGGCAGAUCAGCGGAGUAACUCGCUUUCAGUGCCGGAGGAGCUUACAAAUUUGCAAGGUUGUAAAAUCUAGAGCAAUGGAAUCUGCAAUGGAACAAUGUGAGGCCAAACCUCUAUCAAGUACAUUAAAAAUGUUUGACACUUUUAAAUCUCAGGAAGAUGACAAAGAGUCAGACGAGGAAAGUUUUCAUCUUCCGUUAUUAGGAUGUGAUGAUGACGCAGAAAACGGCAUGGAAAUAUCUGAACUAAACGACGAAGAUGAAGAUGCUAUACUAAAUAAAUUUGAUACACGCGAUGAAGGAAUGGAUGUGGAUGAAUGUAGUAACAAAGAAGACAGCGAUGUUUCUAAAAACAAUGUUGUAGAACUUGAAGUUAAACUUAGCGAAGAAGAGACAAAGUUAGAUGGUAUAGAUAAUUUAAACAAAGAUAAUCGGAUAGAUGAUUUAACUAAAGAUAAUGAAUUAUUAGGAAAUAAUGAGAUUUUAGAAGAGAAAAUAACAGAAAAUAUCCCUGAUGAUACCGAUACUAAAAUCGAAAAUGAAAAAAAUGAAACUGAGUCCGGUUGUGAAGAAGACUCGAAAGAGGCCAAUAUUGAUAAUUCUAAACUAGAGUGUAAUGAAAUUACCGAAGUAAAUAAAGACAUAAAAGAAAACUCUAUAGAAUAUGGCGUAGAAACUGAAAAUAAAGAGACUUGUUCAGAGGAUCCCAGCCCCUCCAAUGAUAAUGGUUUAGAGGAUAAGGAAAAUGAUUUAGAGGACAAUGAUAAUGAUGAUCAUGUGGAAAACAAUGAUGAGAAUCAAUAUUUAGAUACUAAUAAUUUAAGAGAAGGAAGCGACAAUAAAAGUGAUAAUGAUCAAAAUAUAGAUGCAGCUACCAUUAUUGAGGAUGAAGAUUCAGAAAAUACCAUAGAUCAAGUUAACGAAUGCAUACCUCAGGCAGACACUAUUCUAGACCAAGAACCUUCAAAUGACAAUGAUCAGAAGAGCGAUGUAACAGAAAAAAGCGAAAAUAAGAGCGAAAAUGAUCAAGAUGCAAAUACAGAUGCAGCUACCAUGAUUGAAGAUAACGAUUCGGAAAUGAGUACUGAUCAAGCUAACGGAUGCAUAUCUAAUGAAAAUAAUGUUUUAGACCAAGAACUUAUUAACGAUAUUACCGAAGAUGACAAAAUUGAAAACCUCGAUAAACAGGAAGAAAACAUCAACGAAAUUGAUGAUGAUCUUUGUAUAUUAGAAGAUGAAAAUGAAAGUAGUAAAGAUAAUAAUUUAAACUGUCCAAUUGAAGAAUCGCAAUCAGAUCUUACAGAACAUGAAAAGGUUACGGAAGAAAAUGCCACUGAAAUAACUAGUACACAUUCUUCUGUGAAGGAAAUUGUCGAAGAAAGUAAUAAAAUGGAUGAAACAAUCGAUAAUAUACAUUCUACGAAGGAGAUUGUCGAAGAAAAUAAAAUGGAUGAGACAAACGACAGUACACGUUCUUCUGUGAAGGAGAUUGUCGAAGAAAAUAAAAUGGAUGAGACAGACGACAGUACACGUUCUUCUAUGAAGAAGAUUGUCGAAGAAAAUAAAAUGGAUGAGACAGACGACAGUACACAUUCUUCUGUGAAGGAAAUUGUCGAAGAAAAUAGCAAACCUGAUGAGACAGACAAUGAUACACUUGUAUCCAAAGACCUCGAUGAUGCUGACAAAAAAAUUGAUCAUCUGGUCGAUAAUGAUACACAUACCAAGGAUGAUCAAAUAUCUGAUUCCAGCAAGGAUGAUCAAGUAUCUGAUUCUAUUAAGGAUGAUCAAGUAUCUGAUUCUAAGGAAUCUAAAGAUGAACAUCAACUUUCAUCAGAUAAUAAUGCAGAUUCCAAUAAAGAAAUUUCUACAGAAACUGUUGAUUCUAAAGCAGAAGAAGAAGAAGCUGAAUCCAACAAAGAUGAAGGCGAGAGUUUGUUAGAUAUUUCUGUAAUAAGAGACGUUGAUGAAGACAACGCUUCCGCCAUACGAGAAAUAGCUAUGAUACAAUUGCAGACCAUCGAAAAUGAUGAACAAGAGGAAGCAGUAGAUAAUGAUUUAGAGGAAAUGGAAGUAGAUCAAGAUGACAACUUAGCUUCAAGUGAUAAAGAGGAAAACAUUGAAUUUGAUGAAGGAAACACUAAUUCGUGUGAUCAAGAUAUGAGCAAUGCUGAUAUGAUCAGUGUUAACACUAGUGAUAGCGAAAAUAAAGAAAAUGAAGCAACUGAAAAUGAACAGAGUGAGACUGAAAGUCAUCUUUUGAGCGCUGACGAUUUGUCAGAAAUGAACAGCAAUGAUAAUUCCAUUUUGGACACAGAUACUAAGACUGAAUCAACUUUAGAUGAAACUCUUAAAGGGGAUAUAAAUGAACCCACAGAAAAGAUCCCCAGUACUGUUGAAGAACCAACUGAAUCUACUCCCGUCGGAAAACGGCCGUUACCAGAUAGUGAUAAUGAUAAUGAAACAGGAGCUACUAAAAAACUAAAAAGAUCUGAAAACGACCCCGUGCCCGAAAAAGAAAAAAGCAAAGACAAGACAAAGGCGAAACCAGGUGAAGAAAAAAAGCGAAAAAUUAAAACGCUUACCGCUUUUGAAAAAUACAUGAAGGAGAAAAAUUUAGGAGAGGAAACACUAACCAGGUCCGAUUUAGAACAGUUUUGUCUACAAAAAAUUUGUGAAGCAAUAAUUCAUAAAUCAGAUGCUGGAGAAUUACAUCAGAUUAUAUUAAGGCAAGCACAAAUAAUAGAUAAUUUAAGAAAAGAGGUUCAACAAAUCUCUAAGCAGGCCAAAGAUCUUGAUAUCGUUCAUAAAAAACUGAUGAACGAUAUUCGUAUUCAUGGUACUUCGAAACCGUUAGUUCCUUUGAAAAUUACACGGUCGGUAGGCUUACAAGUUAAACUAAAUGUUUCGGAAGACCCAAACAAAAGGAAGUCGUUCACAGUACCUGCAGCUACUAAUAAACCACCAACUACUACUCCAAAUACUGCUGCAAGUAAUGCGAUUCGUCCAAGAAUUGUUCAAAAACCUAAUAAUGUUCAAGGAGCGCAGACUCCUACAACCCCUGUCACACAGCGAAAAACACCUCCGGCCACAGCACCAAUAUUAUCUCAAGCUCUGCAAACACGUCCAUCACCCACGGCUGCAACCCCUACUUCCCCAGCAACUGCCAAACGAGUUGUUCCUUUGAGGAUAAAACCUAGCGAAGCUCAAAAGCCAUCUGCUCCAGGAGUAAUUGAUUUAACCGAUGAAGAUGAAAAAACGGCCAAACCAGUAGCUACAAAUAAUGUACAACAAAAACCGAUAAAUACCAAAUUAGGCACAUCAGUAAAACUGAUUAGUAAAAAUGUUAAUUUAAUUCAAAAGAAAUCACCCGCACAGGUCACGAAAGUUAAAAGCGCAACUAAGAUAAACACUAACCAACAGAAAACUGUCGCCGUUGGAAACUCUCCAGUAACAAAAGUUGCGCCCCCUCGAGGAGUAACGCCACAGACUGUUCGAGUAAGCUCAGCUCAAAUGAAGAAUAGCAUAAAUCUUCCUGCUGGUGUUGUAACAUCGCCAGCUACCACGCAAAUUAUGUAUGUCCUACCCCAAGGUGGGGUCGGAAAUAACACAAAUACGAAUGGUCCUAAGGCUUUGCUUGUCAAUUUCCCAAAUGGUGUCAUAACUUCAGCGCUAAACGGAUCGGCUGUAUCAGUGAUACCUUCCAAAACGACGAGUAAUUCGCAGUUAAGGCCCGUUCUUCCUAGAAAACACCCCGCGCCUUUACCACAUACACCUCCACCAGCAAACAGUUCGUCAGUGAAACCGUUGCUUCCCAAACCUCAUUUAACUAUUAAAAAAACUGAUACGGGUCUUAUGCUUCAAUGGAAAAUGCCAUAUAAUCUUGAUAGUUAUGAGGCAAUAGCAAGUUAUCAGUUAUACGCGUAUCAAGAAACAAGCGCUCCGCCUAGCACGGAUAUGUGGCGGAAAGUUGGUGAUAUUAAAGCCCUUGCUCUCCCAAUGGCGUGCACAUUAACACAGUUUGUAGAUAAAAAUAAGUAUUACUUUGCAGUGCGACCGGUAGAUGUUCUUAAGCGAAUAGGGUUGUUUAGCGAUCCAGAAGAAAUCAUUUUGUAAAAUAUAGUUAUUAAUUUAUAUAUAUUUCCUGACUAUUUAAUUAGAAAAAAUAAUUGUAAGAAAAUGCUUUUUUUAUUUAUGUCGAAUAAAUGAUUUUAAGGAAAUC